AACAAAGAAAUAAGCAUGGGCGAUAUCUUAUAUAUUACGCCAGAAGUGUCUAGACAUCGAAUAGCAUACUCGUGUUUUAUCAUUUCGUCAUUUGUUAAAGUCAAAAUAAUGGAACUUAAUAAAGAGAAACAUGGAAAAUGUACUUUCGAAGAUGCUUUAGACAUUAGCGGAUUUGGCAAAUACAACUACAGUAUGCUUAUACUAUGUUGUUUCUUGAUCCUGGCGAUGUACAUCGACAUCUUCGGGUUCUCGGUAUUAUUACCUAGUGUAUCCUGUGACAUGAGCCUCACGACUGCCCAACAAGGACUGCUAUCAGCUGUUCCGUUGAUAGGUAUAAUGGUAUCUUCGUAUGCCUGGGGACUCUGUGCAGAUACUAUGGGAAGACGAAAAACCCUACUAAUUGCGAUGCCCAUUGGCGCCCUCUUCAACUUAGUAGCAAGCAUAGCUCCUAAUUAUAUCUCACUUUGCGUACUGAAGUUUUUUUCAGCGGGAUUCUCGUCGUCAGCUAAUGCUGCUGCUUUCGUUCUACUCGGGGAAACUAUUCCCAGAGCUCAUAGAAGCCGAUUCAUGUUUCUAAUGGCGAGCGCCACCAUGGUUGGACAGCUCGCUAUCUGUAUUCCAGCUCUACCAGUCUUUCAACUAAAAUUCCACAUUGAAUUGCCCGCGUUAGCCAUGGAGUACCGGCCUUGGCGACUACUGAUGCAGAUCCUCAGCAUUCCGGGUUUGAUUGGAAUCACUGGCAUGUUUUUCCUUAACGAGAGUCCCAAGUUUCUUCUCAGCAAGGGUUUAGAGGAUAAAUCGGUAGACGUAUUGAAGAAGAUGUACCAUUAUAACACAGGGCUGGACCACGAUAAUUAUCCGGUGAAGUCAGUGUGUCUAGACAAUUCUGAAAUAAAAUGGACCACUGAUACUUCUUUCCUGCGACGAAUGUGGAAUCAGACGGCGCCGUUGUUCAAGCCACCACUUCUGCAGAACUCCUUGAAGCUUUAUUGCAUUUUACUCUGCGCUUAUAUGACAUCUACCGGUUUCACGAUGUGGGUGCCAACUAUGACGAAUGCUUACUUCAACGGUGAUGACGUCACGGGAAAAACGUUCUGCGAAGUCGCCAGCGCAGCAGCCCGGCGUUCUUCACAGUAUGCUCGUGUUACGUCCAAUGUUACCAUCGAUUGUGAUAACGUGUUCAAGCCGAUGACACUCUACGCCGUGAUGGUUUACUCGGGACUCUGUGGACUCCUGAACCUUGUUCUCACGUUCAUCGUAGGCUACCUCGGCAAGAAGAAAACCACUCUCCUGGUCUUCAUAGUCACGGUCACCUGUGGGAUAUUCCUUCUCUUCGUGAGGGUACCAAUGCUCAGUAUAUUCCUAUUCUACAUGUUCCCAUAUGUGGCUUUGAUCUUGGGAAACAUAAACACCUACUUGGUUGAGCUGAAUCCCACUUAUUUAAGAGGCAUGGCGACGUGCCUGUCGGUGGUGGUGGCGCGCGGCUUCGGCUUCGUCAGCGUGCAGCUCAUCGCCACACUGCUCGUUGACCACUGCACGCCCAUGAUGUCCGGGUACAUCGUGCUAGUACUCAUCGGACUAGCUACAGCGUGCUUCUUGCCUCCAGACACGAAAGCGACCACAGAAACAUUACCGACAACACAAAACGAAGUGAAGUUAGACAGCAAUGUCAGUUUAAAUACUAUCGAUCAAAGGAAAGAAAGACAUUGAUGGACUUUACACAACUCU